AUGGGUUCCGAACUGGGUCUCACGGCUGAUUCUGAGCGCCGGCCAAGGAUGGACCGCGUGGGCAUCUUUUUCAUUUGCUGGACCACGAUUUGGAGCUUGUUGUUGCUCUGGGGCAUGGGCUUCUUGAUCCGCCAUCGCCAGAUGUCCAUGUUGAAGAUUCGGGGGAUAUGGCUGUCGCUGUCUUCUAUUCUGUUCCUCCAUCUCUAUUGGGCGUCUGUGCAGCUUGGUUAUGUGUUCGGGCCGCUGUACCCUGGUAGUUGCGAGUUUUGGAUCAUGUCGAUAUACCUGCCUCUUGGAAUUGGCCUGUUUCACGCUUCAAACACUCGUUUUCUUCACGUCGCACAACGCCAGAAGCAGUUCAUCGACAAGGCUGAUACUCCCAACGCUCCAAGUUCGCACAAAUCAAGCAAAAGUGACAUUCUCGGACGAUUUCGGGAACUUGACCACUCAGCCAAGGCUGUCGUCCUAGUCAGCGCUGGAAUGUUCUUCCAGCUAUUCAUGGCAGUUUUCAUGUACCUCAUCUCCCGCAAAUGGCAUAGCUCUUGGGGCAUCCCAGGCACCGAGGUCCACGGGACGGAGAUGGAGCAAAAGGUUGAGAUGGGCCGCGGAUGGGAGUGGACGCCUUCCAUUCUCUGGCAGUUCUUCUGGGCGUGGAUUGUUGCGCCUCUCACGCUGUGGCGCGCACGAGAUAUUCAUGACACACAAGGAUGGCGAACUCAGACCAUUCUGUGUGCGGUUUCUGGUCUUCAUGCCUCGCCCAUGUGGCUCUUUGCCUUGUAUUUCUCAGGCAUGGACACGAUUAACCGAUAUUGGAUUCCUCCUCAGUGGAUUGCACUCUCUAUUUGGCUAAUGGAGAUAUUCACCGUUUUCCUUCCGUGCUGGGAAGUCUUGUGCCAUCAAGCCCUCCGUCAAGAGACGCUGGAUACAAUUGCACAGUGGGAGAAUAACAAGACUUUCGGCAAAGCCAUCCGAUCACUCAAGUCCAAAUCGACAAUCACAGAGUCCAUCAAGACGAGGUGGACGUCCACCAGCUCCGUCAAGACGUCGUCUGUCGAGUCUAUCCUUACGCUGAGCGCGCUCGAAUAUGUGCUAGCGAGGAACCCCGAGCCUUUGCAGCAAUUCUCCGCGCUGAGAGAUUUCUCGGGAGAGAAUAUCGCAUUCUUGACGAGUGUUGCAGAAUGGAAAUCCUCAUUUCCUGCUUCGGUUCGCAAUCGCAGCAGCGAUGUAUCCGAAGAGACCAGGCGGGAGCUGGUCCGAGAGCGAUUCAACCGGGCUUUGCGCAUCUACACCGAGUACAUCAGCGCUACCGAUGCGGCGUUUCCGAUCAACAUCUCAUCAGCAGAGCUCAAAAAGCUGGCAUCAGUGUUUGAAGAGCCUGCGCGUUCCAUGUAUGGCGAAAAGCAGGCCGUCAAUCCUGCAACACCCUUCAGCUGCCCCGAGUGGAACAAGCCCGACUCUACAGAUUCAUCUUCCGAGGGCCCCAGGUCGGUUUCUGAACAUGGUAGCUGCGGCGAUGGCGUUCAGUAUUGGGGCGAUAUUCCGGACAGCUUUGACCAGACUGUUUUUGAAGACGCAGAGAAGAGCAUCAAAUAUUUGGUGCUAACCAAUACUUGGCCCAAGUUUGUACGGGCUCGGCGAGAAUCCAUGGAUUCCUUCCAGAGCGGAAGCACAGAGGAGGGCAGUUCAAUGUGGUUUUCAAUUCCGUGUAAGCAAUAG